AUGGCCGGGCAAAAGGUAUCUGAAGGAAUGCUUCACUGGACUGUGAAACCCUGGUUACGCCGUCUGCUGACGCGUGGAAUCAGUAUCGUGCCCAGCAUCAUCAUCGCCGGAUCUAUUGGAAAAGGUGGUCUCAACCAGGCAUUGACAGCGACCCAAGUACUCAGCGUGAUUUUGCCAUUGGUCAAUGCACCGUUACUCUGGUUCACCUGCCGAAGCCACAUCAUGACCGUUCGUGCUGACGAGGAUGGAAGACAGGGAAGCCACGACGAAAUUGUCAACAUGCGGAAUGGAUGGAUCGUUACUACUCUGGCGGUGUUGAUUUGA